AUUGCUGAUUUGAUUUGAUUUUUUCCGGUGGGUGCGAACAGGAUUGAUUGCAAGCUUUCAAUUUUCAUAAAUUGGUUUUAAUAACGUAGAAGUUUACAUUUGUACUCUUCGUUGAAUUAACUAUUACUGAAAAUAUUAUCUCUCAUCUAGAAUUGUAGAUAACUCGGCAAUACGACGAAUAAUGGGCGAUUCGAAGAAAAUCAAGAUCGGAAUUAUCGGCGGCUCGGGUUUCGAUGACCCGACCCUAUUCGAAGAGCAAACCGAGCACUUUGAGAACACGCCCUUCGGGGAGCCUUCGGACGCGCUCAUCGAGGGCAAAGUGAAGGGAGUACCCUGCGUGCUGCUGGCACGACAUGGGAGGAGGCACCAGUUCCAGCCCAGCGACGUGAACUACCGCGCCAACAUCUGGGCGCUGAAGCAACGCGGCUGCACCCACAUCCUCGCUACUACUGCCACCGGCUCGCUGCAGGAAGACUACCGCCCGGGAGACCUUGUGGUCCUGGAUGAUUUUAUAGACAGAACAUGGGGCCGUAAAUGCACGUUCUACGACCGCACGGAGGGCGGCCCACGCGGCGUGUGCCACCUGCCGCAGCGACCCGCGUUUUGUACGCGCGCGCGAGCGGCCCUCGUGCAGGCGGCGAAGGCACGAGGGUACAGCUGCCAUGAGACCGGCACCGCUGUCGUUAUACAGGGGCCAAGGUUUUCUAGUCGCGCCGAAAGCCUGAUGCACCGGCAGUGGGGUGGACAUCUCGUCAAUAUGACCACGGUGCCUGAGGUGGUGUUGGCUAAGGAAGUUGGCCUGAGCUACGCAGCCGUCGCCCUCGUUACUGACUAUGACUGCUGGAGGGACAAUGAAACUGCUGUGUCGGUGAGCGAGGUGCUGGCCACGUUCGCGCGCAACGUGCAGAAAGCGGCCGACGUAGUGCUGGACGCCGUGCAGAUUCUCGCCGCAGACACGGACCAUAGCUACCUGGACGGUCAUCAGGAGAUGGUUUCAUCGUCAAUUAUGCUGAAGGAGUAAUCCACCGCCUAACAUAAGCACAAUUUUAUAUAUUUUCAAAUUACGUACCCAUUUUAAAAUAAAACACUCAUAAUCUUAAAA